AUGAAAAAAAUAGAAGAAGAACAAAGGAAAGCACAGCUCAAAGCAGCGCUGCAGCAGCAGCAGCAGGAACUGCAGCAGCAGCAGCAGCAAGAAGCAGCAACAGAAGAAGAAGAAGAAGAAGAGGGAGAAGAAGAAGAGACAGAAGAGGGAGAGGAGACAGAAGAGACAGAAGAGACAGAAGAGACAGAGGGAGAGACAGAAGGAGAUACCACAGAAGGAGAAUAUACUGAAGCGGAGACAGCAGAAGAAGGAGAGACAGAAGAAGGAGAGACAGAGGGAGAAGAGGGGGGAGAUGCAAGUGCGCAAGAAUAA